AUGUGGCUGCUCAGCACCGACCGCGCGGAACUGCAUUACUUCUCGUCCCCGGACCAGGUUCCUGGCGGAUACGCCAUCCUCUCCCACCUUUGGGACGACCAUGAGCUCUCCCUACGCGAGCUCCGUGCUCUCACCACCGAGUGCGCCCAAAUGGGCACCAACCCACGUGAUCGUGUCCCGCGCAAACUCCGCAUGGCCUGCACCCUCGCCCGCCAACACGGCUACGCCUGGCUCUGGGCCGACACUUGCUGCAUCGACAAGACCAGCCAGACCGAGCUCUCCGAGGCCCUCAACGCCAUGUUUCGCUUCUACGCGCUGUCUGCCAUCUGCUACGCCUACCUACGAGAUGUCCCGAGCGACAGCUCUGCCGCGAACGGCGUCUUCUUCCACGCCGACUUCACACGCAGCUUAUGGCACCGGCGCGGGUGGACGCUUCCCGAGCUCCUCGCCCCGAAGCUCGUCGUCUUCCUUUCGUCCGAUUGGAAGGUCCUCGGAACCAAGUCGGACCAUGCGACGCUCCUCCACGACAUCACGCGCAUCCCCGUACCCAUCCUGCGAGGCGAGCAGGACAUGGCCGAGCUGAGCGUCGCCCAGCGCAUGUCCUGGGCAGCUAACCGCGAGACGACACGCCCGGAAGACGAGGCGUACUGUCUCAUGGGUAUUUUCGGCGUCAACAUGCCGGUACUCUACGGCGAGGGCGAGAAGGCGUUCUAUCGUCUCCAGGAGGCGAUCAUGAAGACGACGUCCGACCCAUCCCUCUUCUUCUGGGGUCCGGUGGGUACAUACAAGGCCAUUCUCUCUCGUUCGCAUCGGGAGUCGAGCCACAACCACAUCUCGGUGGACUCCUACCUCCUCGCUCCUUCUCCCACGCUCUUCAAGUCCGUCGGUGAUGGAUCCGGCGUUAACUACGCUCCACCGAUGGCUCCGGCACCCCCACAUCACAAGUCAGUUUUGUGGAAGGUCGUUUGCAAAGCUUUCGUCAAGUCCUCUCGCCGGCAAGUCGGUGCUCCCACGUUCACUAUCACCCCCCGCGGCAUUCUCGUUCACACUGCUCUCGUCAAACUUUCCUCCACCUGCUUUCUUGCUCUGUUCUCUUGCUCUGACGCUCACGGCGCUACCGCUCUCGCUCUCACUCCAUGUCCCUCAUCCUUCGACCCUCAUCAUCCGAUAUAUCACUUUGGUGCACACGGUAUUCGUCGUGUCUCUCAACUGGGUUAUCUCCGCGACCGGGUCAACCUCGACGAGCUUCCAAAACCACGCUGGAAGUCUUUCUAUGUCAUUCCAAAGCCUCCCUUCCGCGCCGACCCGGACUCCCCACGAUCCCUAUCCCUGUCCGUCGCAGUCAUGAACACCACCAUCACUUCCCCCUUUCGCAUUGAUCUUCCCUCCGUCGCCAUCCCAAACAAGCGUGCAGACGGUACCGCCACCAGUGGGCCCCGGCCACCCUCACCACGCCUCUCACAGCUGGUGAGCCCAGCGGUGUCCCCAAUCCCGUUCGGGUGGAUGGGAAACCCGCCCGUGACGCUCAAGCUGUACGAGGGCCGGUUCAUCGGCCGCAAACGCACCAAGGGCGUCGACGCCGACGGCGCGCUCACGUACUGCCUGUACGUCACCCUCGGUAUCUGCUGGGACGCACAGCGCGCGCAGCACGCCUCGGACGGCACCGCAGAGCACGGCUCCCCUUCUCACUCCCCCUCCUCCCCCCGCUCCUCACCGUUGUCCGGGCGCGACCCCGACUCGCGCUCGUCCCCGCUCUCCUCCCCGGGCUCGCCCACGGGGCCCAUCGUGUUCCCGCAUUGGGCUGCGGUCUCGAUGCGCUUCUACGACACCACGACGCCUCCGCCCGCGGAGCCGCCCGCCGCGCCGCACAGCUGCCCGGGCGACCACAUCUCGACCUGGCCCGAGCUCAAGAAGCGGUUCUCGGUCGAGCUCGCGCCCGACGCGCGCACGCGGCACUCGCUGUACGAGCACGCGCCGCUGCCCGCGCGCGGGCCGACGAUCAUGGACUUUGAGCUCUCGUUCGCGCCGUGCGCGCUCAACCCGGCGGGGUGGACGUUGGUGAUGCGGUACCCUCGGGUCGACUUUUACUACUAG